GAGCUGUUUUUACCCAAAAAGAUCAAUGCAAGGAGCUGAUUUGGCCCCAGGUUGAUGUUCCCAGCCUGGAGCUUAUGUAUGUGCGUGUGUGCUGGCUGGUUGCAGCAACACGAGUGACUGCGCAAGAAAAUAAGAGACCACGAGGAUCUGCAAUCUGGAACUAAUUCUCUUUCAUAACCCGCGUCCUUUUCCGCCGGACUUGUGCAACUCUUUUAACUAGAGAUGGUUGGCGGGCUGAACUUGCAGCAUGUUUGUGAAGAGGAUGUUCUGGGUAUGAGCUUGAGCCGCGCUGACGGAGGUCUGGACAGCCCGGACUCCGGGCUGCCCCCCAGCCCGAGCCCCGGCUCCUGGCUGCAGAGAGCCGCCGGAGACGGCCUGGGCCCCGAGGACGAGAGCAGAGGCUCCCUGAUUCCAGUUACAACAGCUGGAUCUUUCCCACAGCUGCAGCCUUCAUCCUUUGGGGAAGGCAUCGCACUUGAUCCUUUACCUUCAAAGGAAGUGAGAUACACUUCGUGUGUGCACUACGACUCAGACCGCCACUUCAUCCAGGAGGUGACCCUGCAGCCAUGGGGUCAGGGCCUUGAGCACUGCAGCCAGACCAUUGUAGCCGCGUCCCACAGCACCUGGCGCCACUACAAGACUCAGCUGGACUUCCAGUCCUGCCAUCGUCCCCAGCGCUUCACAAGCACCACCAUCAUCUACCCCAAGAAAACUAGUGCACUCUAUACAACAGAGCUCAGCUACGACUCCCACCGACUAGCCAGACGUUUCCUGUCGAGUGUGGAGUUGGAGGCGGCUGGCAGCAGGAGGGAGCCUCAGUGAGAGUGAAGGGAAAUGGAGGCGGGGCCAGAUGUCUGGGGUCAUUGCUAUUACUCCUGCCCCCUUAAGGUUGCACUGAAGCCAGUUCUCACUCGCUGGUCAAUUCCUCUAGGUUUUAAAAGGCUCAUGUCUCAUCCUUUUCACCCCCCAAUCCAUCGCCAUUGUGGACUCCUUGAACUUAAGUUAAUCAUGAUAUGAACCAAUAGUGUUGUACUCUUGCACCUCAUCAAAAUUAUCUCUGAAACAUCACUUUUUCUUUUUUUUUUCUUCUUCUGUCUCAUAUGUUGGCUGAAGGGGGGAGCUAGAAUGGGUUUCAAGGUGAGAUUUCCGCAGAACAAUUAUUCUGCCACUGAUCUGCUGUUAAUCAUGUAACUUCCUAUCUUAAGUAUCAGUCCCAUGCUGUGGAAGUAAGAUGAGGAUUGAAUAUUUAUUCAGUUUGAUGCAUUGAUGGCCCAGUGACAAUUUUUUAAGUGUUUUUUUUAAAUUGAAUGUUUCCGUCUUUUAGCUUGUCUACAUUUUUGAAGGCCUAUUUAAUUUUUUUUUAUCAGCUAUUAUGGAACUAAUUUAACUUGUGGAGCAUAUUGGAGUUGGGGAGCAAUUGUUAAGGUUACCUGGGUUUUGAAGUGCACUAAUAUGACUUAUCCACACUGCAAGGAAUGUACUGGAGUUGUUUCUUGCUUCGUCACAGGAUAUUGUGUAAUUGUCACAGCACCAUCUAAGCUCUUACAAGCCCUCUUGAUAGCCUUUUGUUUACAUGUGGAUUUUACAAGUAAUGUAACUGAUUUAAGGGAGUCUGUAAGCUAAGAUUGCUUGAGUGGUAUGGAGGAGAGUGGAAUUGAAAAAUGGAUCAGUCACUGGCUUACAGCAUUUCACUGCUGUAACUGUGGAUUGGAUUAAAGUGGUAUUUAUUCUACACUGUUUUAGAUUUUAGUAGCUGAUUAAUGUCCCUUCACAGUGGUGGAAAGGAUUUGUAGUGGGGUUUUUUUUGUUGCCUUCUGUGCCUUUUUUAAUAUCUGAUUUUUAUUUUUGUGCUCGUUUUGAAAUAAAGCGUUCACUUGGUAAA